AUGUCCAAACGCGCUCUCUCUUCCAAUGUGACACCUAGUAAGAACAAACGCUUCAAGGCUCAGCACAAUCAACAUCAAAUUGAUCACUUUUUUGCCUCUCCAAAGGCAAAGCAACCCAGUACUACGUCAACCUCAACGCCUGAGUUUGUUCAGGGAAGCUCCCGGUCCAAAGCCGCCACAACUGCUCCAAAGCAUCCAGCGACUCCAGAGGUCAUUGAUGUUGAUGCCUUUGAAUCGCUAAACUCUGCCCCAGUCGCUGCACCAGAGCCCGUUUCUCCCGUCAAGAAAAAGUCAACGCCGUCUCAACCCCUUCGCGUUGCGAAGGUCUCUGAGAGCGCGAUAGGGAUUGAUACCUACUCAGCCCUCGACGUGGAUCCAGUUGUGUAUGAUCAAUCACAACCGUCAGGCUCUUCGAAAGCUCCUUAUUCCCUCUUGACGCGUGCAUUGGUGAGCUUAUCGCAAACACGUUCGCGGAUCGCCAUCAUCAAUACUCUGACAAAUGUGCUGCGAACGAUUAUUUUGAAACACCCUACAUCUCUUCUACCAGCUGUGUAUCUCCUGUCCAACACACUUGCCCCUCAGUUCGUAUCCAUCGAGCUUGGCCUUGGUGCCUCCAUUCUUUCGCGCUCAAUCCAACAAAUAUCUGGCCUGUCUCCCGCAGCUCUCAAGAAAUUAUACAACACCACUGGAGAUCCUGGUGACGUUGCCUUCGCUGCGAAAUCCAACUUGAGGACCCUCGUUCCUCAUCCACCGUUAACUGUGCCCUAUGUCUACGAGUCGAUGAUUAGAAUCGCAAAUUGCAAGGGUCCAGGCGCUGCAAAGGAGAAGCAGAAGAUUGUUGAGAAGCUGCUGCUCGCUGCGAUAGGAGAAGAAGUUCGCUAUCUCAUGCGAACUCUCUGUCAGAAUCUUCGUGUUGGGGCUGUUCGGACAUCGAUACUCACUGCCUUGGCAAGGGCAAUCGUGCUCACACCCCCACUGGGCGUUUCUACCGACCCAAGCAGUGGCGAGAUUGAACACUAUGCCUCCUCCGACCUUUUGACGAAGCUAAAGGAGCUGGACCCUUCGAUCUCGUCUUCGAAAGGGAAGGCUCGAGACGCUGAAAGGGAGGAGUUGAUUGGGAAGUUCCAGCGAGCCGAAAGCUUGGUCAAGCAAGUCUACGUCAAGCAUCCAAGUUAUGACCAACUUAUUCCGGCUCUUCUUGAAGGUGGUUUUGACUCCCUGGCAGACCGCGUCCCUCUCACUGUUGGAAUACCACUGCUUCCUAUGCUGGGCUCACCAACUCGUUCAUUGGAUGAAAUAUAUAAUCGCCUCGGCGGUCUUCCAUUCGCAGCCGAAUUUAAAUACGACGGCCAAAGAGCCCAAAUACACGCCUCGCGAAGCCCGGAUGGGAAGGAUACUAUAAAGAUCUUUUCACGCCAUUUAGAGGACAUGACAUCCAAAUAUCCAGACGUGAUCGCCUUGGUGAAAGAAAUGUUUGAUGAAACCCCCAAGGCUACGUCCUUCGUCAUGGAUGCAGAAAUUGUCGCGAUAGAUCCAGCGACUGGAGCAUUGAAAACGUUCCAAGAGCUAUCCAAUCGCGCUCGAAAAGAUGUCAACCUCCAGGACGUCAAGAUUCUUGUAUGCGUUUUCGCCUUUGACCUGAUGCACCUAAAUGGGGAGCCUUUACUUGGACUCACGUUCCGAGAAAGGAGAUCUCAUCUCCGAACACACUUCACUCCGCGAGCAAAGCAGCCGACCGACGUGCUUCCAAUCGCCCAUUUCAAUUUCGUUGAGAGCUGUGAAAGCGAAGACGGCAAGACAACCAUAGAAGGAUUCCUCGCCAAGGCCGUUGAGAACCGCUGUGAAGGAUUGAUGAUCAAGCUGCUCGACAAAGCUCCGGUCGACCUAGAUGCGAAACAAGGCAGACUCAAAUCUUUGCCAUCGACAUACGAGCCAGAUAUUCGAACGUCUGCGUGGUUGAAGCUCAAGAAGGAUUACAUGGAUACCAUCGGAGACUCUUUAGACGUCAUUCCUGUUGGUGCAUGGCAUGGGAAUGGGAGAAAGGCGCAGUGGUGGAGUCCCGUUCUAUUGGCGCUGUGGAAUCCGACAACUGGACGUCCUGUGGCUCUGUGCAAAUGCAUGUCAGGUUUCAGCGACGUCUUCUAUAAAUCGAUGAGGGAACGAUACGACCCUGGCUCGGAACUAUGUUCCAAGCAACCUCUGUGGGAGUGCGACUUUGGAGGUUACAAACCCGAGAUCUAUUUCAAACCACACGAAGUUUGGGAGCUCAAAGGUGCUGACAUAACGGAAAGCCCAAUAUCGGUAGCCGCACAAGGGCUUGUACCAUCCUCAAGAGGCCUCAGUCUACGAUUUCCUCGGUUUAUCACAACGAGGGAGGAUAAGGGCAUUGACCAAAGCAGUACUCCGUCGUUUCUCGUUGACAUGUGGAGGAGCCAGCAAGGAAGAGGUGGAUGUGGUGGCAACGACGAUGGAGAGCUUAUGGAUGUCGAUUUUGAGGAAUCCGAGCCGGAGUAUGAGUCAGAGGUUGAUGAUGAUACUUAA